AUCCCCUAACGCCUGCAAUUGUUUGUGAACACUUCGCAUCGUUUUGGUGGCGUCGAUUUUGCAUUUCAAGAACUCCUUGAACCAGCGUUUUAAGCUUAAAGAAACAACAAGGGGAGCACUAUCGGAGCACAGCGUGGUCAGUGCAUGAGUUCCAAGAUGGAUCGCCGCAAGAAGCGCACGUCCUCGGACCAGUACCAGAUGUACAUUGAUAUGAUGGAGAACGACCCAAUUUUCGCCACCGGCCGAGUGCCGCGCGAUUACGACCUGAAUUAUCUCACAAAGAAGUGGAAGGAGCUCUCCGACAGGCUAAACAAGUGCAGCUCGGGUCCCACACUCACGCCGGAGGAGUGGCGCAAGCGCCUAAAUGACUGGAAGAACACCACUCGCUGCAAGUACAGACGCAGCCUGCUCUCCACCGAAAAGGACAUAGCAAUGACUGCGCUGGAGAACCGAGCUCUGGAUCUCUUUGGCAAGGUGCCCACCACCACUGGCGAAACGCUGAUGAAUUUAAAGUCGGAGAAAGAUGAUCACGAAGACGAUCUGGAGGAGAUGGGACAGCGUACAUCGGCGGCAUUUCAAAAGGAACUGCAAGCAGCCGUCGAGGAGGCCAUCAACGAUGAGGUGGAGGAGGAGGAGAUGCUGGAAGAGCAUGUCGACCAGGAGGAUAUGCUCGAUGAGAAUCUGGCGGACAAUGGAGGUGGGGCCGGCGGCAUCGAUGGCUCUGCAGCGGCCACCACAGCGGUAAAUACGGGCGGCGGCACUUAUCGCACCAUUGUCGUGGACAACACAUCCUUCGAGCAGGUGGAUGAGGAUGCCCAGGCCAUGCAGCCGCAUCCGGUGGAGUUUGUCACAGCAAGGCGACCGGCUGCAGCGGUUAUCAAUCCGGGUUCAGCCUCCACGGGCAGUAAGCUAAUCAAUGGCGAGAUGCCGGUCAAGAGGAUGAGGACACAGGCCCGGGAACAGAUUAUUUACGAAGUUAAAAACGCUCCGCGCUGUAUUUCCAACAUGCAAGCUGUGCCGCCGCUGCACAACACCAAGCUGGAGAGGGAACCCAGCUCACAGCUGAGCACUGCCUUGAGCAGCAACGAUGCCCAGCAGAUUGCCCAUCAGCUGAAGCGGCUGGCUGACAUUAACUACGAGACCCUGCAGUUUGAGAUAGCCCGCUUCAAGUUUAACAAUCCGGGCUUCCAGUACAAUCCGCCGUCCUUAUAGUGCACCAUCAGCUCCUCCAGCAGCAGCAGCAGCGGCAGCAGGUCCCAGCUCCAGGGCCGGCAGAAGCAGCAGCAGCAGCGGCAGCAGUAGUAGCAUCAUAUGGAUCAGCUUUAGCAAUUAGUAAAAGAAACCGAAGGGAACGAGUGAGCACCGUCAACUCGAAUUGUAUAAAUCUGUCGCCGCCGGAGAACAGAAAUCAUAACUUAUAAUAUUAGCCAGUUUUAGUUUAAAAUUGACAUAGAUUUGUAUUCAUUUCUAAUACAAAAACAAACACCACUUUUAUUACGAUAUAUAUCCCAUAAUGUCUAAGCUCUUAAUGUGUAAUAUUACCUAAAAGUCAACUAAAAUUGGACAAGUAAUUUUAAACGCGCGUUGUAUGUAAAUGUAAAGAAUAAAGUUUACCAAUGAUAAAUA